ACUUUGAUGAUGUUCCAUUCUCAAAGUUUAAUGUUGAUAGAGUUGGAUCUUCUGGUGUACAGAAGGAGUUUACUGGUGGGUUUGAUGUCGAUGGUGUGAUGCGUAAGAUGAAGGCGUUUAUUUCUAGGCAAAAGAAGACUGAUGAGUCUAUUGAAGUAUUGAAUAAUGUGUUGGAGGGUAGAUUCAAGGAGUUGCAGUUAAGUCUUCAGUCGUAUAUUGACUCAAAGAUCAGUGAAGGCUUGGUUUUUUUUUAUGGAAUUGAAGUUUAAUGAGUUGAAGGAAGCUAUUGAAAAUGCAAAAAUUUCUAAAGAUGGAAAUGAUAGUCCUGAUGAGAGCGAUGGCAAGAAUGAUGAUUUAAAUGAUGUUGAAGUUUUUGAUGUGAAAAGUCAAGAUGCAAUUGAAACUGUUGGACUCGAUGAGAAUAUCCAAUAUACUCAGGUUGUUGAUGAUCAUGGCCUAUUUAAGGAUGUUGUUAAAAAAUCUAAGGAGGAUGAAGAUGAUGGUGGUGAUGACCAGGCAAGUUUAUUUAUUUUUUAGUUUUUUCAUUAUUUAGAUGAUUUGUUACUAUGUUGUUUGUUGUCUCUGUCAAAUGUUUUUUAUGUUUGUUUUGUAUAUUUACAGGGUUUGGGGGUGGUGAUGCUGUUAAAGUUAUUGGUUCAGAUGGGACAAAUAAAGACAAUGUUGAGGGAAAGAAUACUGAAGAAGCAAAAGAUGUUGCAGAUGGGAGUAAUAAAGAUAAUGUUGAGGGCAGAGCAGUUGAUGUAGAUGCAAGUGUAAAUGAUGUUGAAGGUGUUUGUAGUAAGGGAAAGUUGUUUGAUAGUCAAGGCACUGAGGAUAGUAUCACUGUGUCUGCUUUGGAGAUUAUAAAUGAAAAGAUUGAUGCCUAUGAGGGAAGCAUUAAAAAGGAUAAGUCUUUAAAUAAAUUAGAGGCAACAAAUGCUGAUGUUUUAUCUACCUAUGGGUUGGACAAGACUGAUGUUGUUGGUGUUGAGAAGAAGCAUGGUUCUCAAGAAAGCUUUUCUGUAUCUACCAUGGAGGUUGUUAAUGAUCAUUUGGUUUCCUAUGAAGACAAGCUUUGA